UCCAGGCCCAGCCCAGCCAGACGGCUCCCCACAGUGUAAAUGAGGACAAUGCCUGCUGGCCCACGUAGGGAGGGGAUGUAGAGCACAGCGGCGCUAGCUGCUCCUGGCACCAUGGACGAUGCCGCGGUCCUAAGGAAGAAGGGUUACAUCGUGGGCAUCAAUCUUGGCAAGGGCUCGUACGCAAAAGUCAAAUCUGCCUACUCUGAGCGCCUCAAGUUCAACGUGGCAGUCAAGAUCAUCGACCGCAAGAAGACGCCCACCGACUUCGUGGAGAGAUUCCUUCCUCGGGAGAUGGACAUCCUGGCAACCGUCAACCACCGCUCCAUCAUCAAGACCUACGAGAUCUUUGAGACCUCUGAUGGGCGCAUCUACAUUGUCAUGGAGCUCGGGGUCCAGGGCGACCUCCUUGAGUUCAUCAAGUGUCGGGGGGCGCUGCAUGAGGAUGUGGCUCGUAAGAUGUUCCGCCAGCUCUCCUCCGCCGUCAAGUACUGCCACGACCUGGACGUCGUCCACCGAGAUCUCAAGUGCGAGAACCUCCUCCUUGACAAGGACUUCAACAUCAAGCUGUCUGACUUCGGCUUCUCCAAGCGCUGCCUGCGGGACGGCAGUGGCCGCAUCAUCCUCAGCAAGACCUUCUGCGGGUCGGCGGCAUACGCGGCCCCCGAGGUGCUGCAGGGCAUCCCCUACCAGCCCAAGGUGUACGACAUCUGGAGCCUGGGCGUGAUCCUCUACAUCAUGGUCUGUGGCUCCAUGCCCUACGACGACUCCGACAUCAAGAAGAUGCUGCGCAUCCAGAAGGAGCACCGCGUGGACUUCCCCCGCUCCAAGAACCUGACGGGCGAGUGCAAGGACCUCAUCUACCGAAUCCUGCAGCCGGACGUCAACCGGCGGCUACACAUCGAUGAGAUCCUCAGCCACUCGUGGCUGCAGCCCCCCAAGCCCAAAGCCAUGUCUUCUGCCUCCUUCAAGAAGGAGGGUGAGGGCAAGUACCGGACCGAGUGCAAACCGGACACCCGGCCAGGCUCGCGGCCCGAGCACCGGCCUGAGCACCGGCCGGACAAGCUGGGGGCCAAAACCCAGCACCGGCUGCUGGUGGUGCCCGAGAACGAGGACAGGAUGGAGGACAGGCUGGCCGAGACCUCCAAGGCAAAAGAUCAUCAUGUCACUGGAACUGAGGUGGGGAAAGCGAGCACCUAGCGGUGCUGAGGGCCUGGGGGGCGUGGUGCUUGGUGUGCACCCACAUAAACUAAAUAGGCAGUAGGAGCUGAAGAAGGCACAGGUGCAAGGAACAAGUAAAAUCCGUCAAUUAGACCACUAUUUUGAUUAC